UUUAUGCCCCACAGAUCGAGGCUUACUUGGUUAAAGCCCCAGAGGGCAAUGGCCCUCCGUGCUGGGCUGGUCCUGGGACUGCACACCCUGCUGACCCUCCUCUGUCCCCAGAAAGCAGGGGCCAUCAAGGCUGACCACAUGGGCUCCUAUGGACCAGCCUUCUUCCAGUCUUAUGAUUCCUCAGGCCAGUUCACCCAUGAAUUCGAUGGGGACCAACUGUUCUCUGUGGACCUGAAGAAUGGGGAGGUUGUGUGGCGACUGCCUGAAUUUGGCGAUUUCGCGCACUUUGACCCACAGAAUGGACUGGCCAGCAUCGCCAUGAUCAGAGCCCAUCUGGAUGUCCUGGUGGAACGUUCCAAUCACACCAGAGCCACCAGUGUGUCUCCAAGGGUGACUGUGCUCCCCAAGUCUCGAGUGGAGCUGGGCGAGCCCAACAUCCUCAUCUGCAUCGUGGACAACAUCUUCCCUCCCGUGAUCAACGUCACCUGGCUGCGCAAUGGUCGAACCGUCACUGAGGGAGCAGCCCAGACCAGCUUCUACUCCCAGCCUGACCACUUGUUCCGCAAGUUCUCUUACCUGACCUUUGUGCCUUCAGCAGAUGAUGUCUACGACUGCAAGGUGGAGCACUGGGGCCUGGAGGAGCCGCUCCUCACACACUGGGAGCCCCAGGUGCCAAUCCCACCACCAGAUACCACAGAGACCCUAAUCUGUGCCCUGGGUCUGGCCACUGGCCUGAUGGGCUUCCUCAUGGGCACCAUCUUCAUCAUCACAGGGACAUGCAAGUCCAGUGCUCCCAGGUAACAACCCUUCUGAGAAAGACAGACUGUGGGGGACGCCGUAUGGAUUCCUCGCAGAUUUCUUACAGCUUUUGCUUCCUUGGCGCCACAGUCUACGAAGCACAUUCCCCUGUGCUGACUCUGAAUGGCAUCAACCUCUGUCUUAGAGGUCACCUCCUUUCUGACCUCAGCACUUAUGCCUGUGGGGCACAGCCAGCUCCCCUUCCUACCCCAGCACAAACACAUAUUCUUGCUCUGCCCAAAGCUCUGACAGGCAGCACUAAAUUCUCCAAUGGUGUUUGCUCUGUGUUCUCUUUAGUUCUUGACCAAUGCUCCCAGGGUGUGAGGGAUGCUGGGACCUGAAGAGGGAGUCUGAGUGACAACAUAUUGGUGGGAGUCAUCCUCAGUCUGGUCCAGCUGUGUCCUGCUCCCUUUGGGCAUUUCACAAGGGCUUCAUGAAAUUUGCCUCCUGAAUUCAGAUUUCCCUGAGUGGGAUACAGAGUAUCCUAUGCAUUGCAAGUGCCUUAAAAAGUGACAGUUCUGAAGGGCACGGGGAGAGGAAAGGUUCCUGGGGAUUCUGCCUAUCUGGGAGUCCUCUGUAUGAAGAGGAGUGCACCUAUGAUCUACAAUGUCAUGUCCUUUUUCUACAAUCCCUAUGAUCCCAGGCAUGACAAAGAAGCACGUAAGACUUAGAUUAGAAGGCCACUUCCCUCCAUGGGGUCAGUCAUAUUUGGUAGUGGGGUAGCAGAGUAGAUCUGCAACACAUCUGGUAAGAGGGGAGGGGCACUUCCAAACCUGAGCACUGCUAAACAUGUGCCUGGGAGAGGUUAGUUAACUGUGAAUGAAAUUAGAAACAUAAAGAGAUAAAUAGCCAUAUAAGGUAGUUUGUGUCAAGGACCAAAUAAGUGACACAGAUUAGUGGUUUUCAAACUAGAAUGCACUAAAGAAGGAGUCUUUAAAAAGUACAGGUAGAUUAGCACCUACUGGAUUAGCAUCUCAGGGGUGGAGGAGCAGUGAUAAUGACUCUUUAAUUUUUAACACGCUACAGAUGGUUCUCAUGCAGCCAUCCUGGACUGGGCUGUGGGCCGUACAUGGGACCCCUUGAUAGUCCAUGCUACUGGGAGUCAGUGGAGGGAGAUCCUGAGGUCUGAGUUGGGCCAGGAAGGCUUUCUGGAGAACCUGGGUCUGUUAGGGUAUCAUAGUUGAUCAAGUGAAAAGGCAAGAUGGGGGUUUGAAUUGUGAAUAUUUGGUCCUAGAAAAGAAAGACUCUAAGUGCUGAUGGGGACAUGACGGAGUUCUUAAAGGAGAAGAAGUUGGGGGAAAUCAAUGACCGGAAGACUCUAAUGGAAGUGUCUUAGUCAAGGAUUUUGUUUGCCAGUAACAGAGACCCUCUUAAAGUGACCACAUGCAAUUAGAGAAUACUUACCUUAAGGACACAGGGGUGGCACACAGAACCCAAGGGUCGGUUUAGCCAGGUCUCAUGGGAACAGAACUCAGAAUCGAAAAGCCAGCAGAACCCGGAGCAGCCCAUUUCAUGCUCUCACUGAUCCAUAUGUUCUGCAUGUGAGUCCCAUUCUCUCUGUGGGCUGACGGUCCCUUUCAGCUGACACAUUCACACUAUAGCUCCUGGGUUUAUCAUCUCAGCCCUCACCACCCACAGAGAUGUGUCUCCCUGUCACUAUUGCAAAUUCUUGGAAAAGUAAAUGACUGGCCAAACUUGGGGUAGAUGUACAUCCCAGUCCAAUGUGUUUAGAGUAAGGGACAAAAAUCCUGCUGUACAAAUGUGCCCGUUGAGCCCCACAUCAGAGAUGACGGGUGUCCUCAGAGAAAGAUUUGGCUGGUUCUCAGAAGACACCAGAUUCUCUCCCAGCAUUCCCUGAUCUCUGCUGAUCUUUUGCUUGAAAGUUCAUGCAUCGUUGGAGGUUGUUCUCUCAUAUGCCCUAAUGCUUAAUAAAUUCAUUAAAAUACCUUUUGA